GCCAGAAUAUGACCCCGUCGUGAUGAGACUACAACACCGGUACUACCUGCAACUUAUUAUGUAUGAAUACGUGGUGUAGUGUUUUCGCCCCACACCUACUCGACAAUACCACUGUUGUGAAGCAGGUCUGAUCCACCUUAGGCAAAAACCUUUACAAAAAUCACCCGUGGGGUGGUUUUCUCGUCGUCGUUGUCGCUUCGCAGGAACUACUUACACUGUCACAGCUUAACUACAACUAGAGCAGGAAAAGAUACACCUUCAACCAGGUCAAUGGAGACGAAAAUGAACAUCAUGGCGCCGCAAAUGAAUAUUCAUACUAGAAACAAGGCCCGAGGAAAUAAAACCUCGUUUCUUGCCGCCACGGUACACGUACAAUUUGUUCUGCUCAGUGUACAUCAAGAAUCUUCCGAGCUCUUCGGACCACUUGUUUCCGGGAAGAAGAUUCUCGAGUUGGGGACGCGGCAGCGUCUGUUGCGCGGUCGUCGUGGUCGGCACAAUUUUUCCACAAACACGCGGGGAGAGGACCAGGGGGACGGAGCGGCAAAACCGGACCUUGACCUACAACUCCAGCAGGAGGUGUUGGACUACACCGCCAGGAAGGAGAAGGAGAAACUGAUGACUGACCAGCUCCUAUCAAAAGUAAAAAUGUCUGGGUCUGGAAACCUGUGAUGCUGGGUGGCGUCUCAUGAUGAGGCCACAAAUGCUGGCCCCGCAUGACAAGUUUCUGAGCUCCUAGGUAUUGCCUAUUUCGCAUGACAAACUCCGCUUCUGCAUCACAGAAAAACGCAGCUCUUGGGUAACGUGCAUGACAGAUUUAAGAGUCAUGCCAGACAAGCAUGACAAACAUGAAUUCUUCCACAGACACAGACAUUUUUGCAGUUGAUAGCUCCUUGCAGAGUACCAAAAGAGAUUCGGUAAGAACUACGCGGAAGCUCCUGGAGGUACAACAACUGCAGAGGAGAACAUCAGCACUACAGUGACCUCCACGUCCACCACCGAAACCGUGACGACGACGGCACACUGUAUGGAUGUGUCAGGUCGUUUGAAAUCAACAAAGUUGAAAUGAUUUCUCAUGCAUAAACUGCGACACAAAGACUGACUCUAUUGCAGAGGACGCAAAGGAAGCAGAAUAUAAUAGUGCUGGCAAGGGUCAUAAAUUGGAUUGCUGGCUAGCAUCACAGCGAGGAGCCCUCUUGCCCUAAACAGCAUGACAGACUUGCUUCAGAGGCCAGGAAAAUUUGUCAUGCGCCGAUUGGGAACUGGGGGUCCAAGUGGUUUAGAUUUUAUGCAUGACAAGCCUUUUCAAUUCUGACGAUUUCAAUCCUGACACCCCCAUACACUGGGCCCGGGCGUGGACGGCCAGGCCCGCGGAGGAGAAGGAGGCACCGGCUGAUGCAGAAGUACAACCAGGUCUGCCACUGCCAGGCACCGGUACAACUACUAGUAGUACCAAUAAUAUGCUGUCCGACUUGCGCGAUCAGCUGGGCGAUUUGCAGCUGCUGGCUGUGAAUGAGGUGGAGCAGAAAAUGGAAGCGCAGACCCAGCUAUCAACUGUAAAAAUGUCUGGGUCUGGAAGAAGUCAUGUCUGUCAUGCUUGUCUGGCAUGACUCUUAAAUCUGUCAUGCACGUUACCCAAGAGCUGGCUCCCUUUUUCUGCGAUGCAGACGCGCAGUUUGUCAUGCAGAAUAGGCAACACCUAGGAGCUCAGAAACUUGUCAUGCUGAGCCAGCAUCUGUAGCCUCAUCAUUAGACGCCACCCAGCAUCACAAGUUUCCAGACCCAGACAUUUUUACAUUUGAUACCAGCUCGUGGCGGAGGAGCUGCACCGCGAAACGGACAAGUUGCUGGAGGGAAUGGGAUAUCAAAUGUAAAAAUGUCUGGGUCUGGAAGAAUGCAACUUGUGAUGCUGAAUUUGGAUUCCAACAAAAUCUGUAUUGCAUGAGCAGCAAAGGGAAUGCAAUUUUUGCUACGCGGAGAGGGAAUUUGUCAUGCGGAAUAGGCAUUGCGAAGUGCAUGACAAGUCUCAGAAUUGCCAGACCCAGACAUUUUUACAGUUGAUAUGGGAAUCCUGCUGGACACCGUGCACACCGCCACCGACGGGCUUCAAGCGGACUUGCUCGACAAAAACAACGACUUGUGGCACAAAAUUCAUCAUGAUGUGGACCACGUUGUCGACCGCAUCUGGGAGGAAUCCGAUUCCCAGCACGCCCAUGCAGACGCGAUCCAGUUUCCAGAUGGCAAAGCGGCGCAGGCCGGAGAGGGGGCCUGGGAUGCCUACUAUCACGGUGACGAGCUUUACAAGAAAACGGAUCAUAUUCAUGUUGACCACGACCCACGGGAGGGAAAGGAAAGCGGUGAUGGACAGAAGGUAGUUCCGGUCGCGCAAAAAUUGACCACGGAACUACCCCCCAGGGUGAAGAUGCGUUGAGCAAGAUGAAGUUGAAGUAUUUUGGCGUAGUACUCGCCGUGUAUUCUAGCGCUGAGCUGCUGUUUCGAACGAAUACAUUGGAAUCAUCAAAGCAAACCUUCUAGCGUUGUAUCUCGAAGUUCUUACGUACAGCUUACCCGCUUCUAGUUCUAUUUUCCCUGAAGAUCAUAUGUUGUAGUUGGUUCUACCACCCAUGUUGCAUUCAGUUCGCGCUGUACAACCAUGUUGAGUCAAGCAACACGAAGACACCGGAUCAAAUUCUCGUCUUCUUGUCCCCUUCUUGUCCUCCCAAGAGCACCAAGAAUCCCAAACAAGAAUGGGAACAAGAACUUGAGCUUUUCACUCAGAAAAUGCAGGAAGCCAGCUGCCAAAUGCAAGAAGCCAGCUGCUUGUGGAGAGGAAUUGUGAAAGUAAGCUUCUCGACCACAAACCAAAAAUAUUCUGUCGUCUCUGCCUAUCAUGCUACCACUACUAGUUGUAGUUGAUGUCCUUACAAAAGCAAACUCACUUCGAGAUGAACUAUCGGUUUCAAAUUCGC